UUUGACAUCCGUUUUCAUUCAUUCUUUAGUUCUUUUACGUCAUUCGUUCUAGAGAAAUCAAUUUUAUUCAAUUCACAUUUUCACAAUCCAACUCUAUUCUCGCUUGCGGACAGCCGUGGUAUUGGAAGAGCGACUUCUUUCGGACGGACAUAAUUGAUUUCUGACGCUGGCCUAGAUUUGGGACUCAACUGUGUUGAAUUCGUAUAUAUAAAUAAAUGUAACAUAUUAAUGCUAAUAUUACUAUACAGAAAACAAUAUUGCUUACGGAUAGGUUAUUUAACUAGCGAUUUACUUUAUUACUAGUAAUAUAUAAGAAAAACUUAAGCUAUGAACAUUCACGUUGGUGAUAAGCUUUUGGUUAGGAAUUAGUGAAAUAGAAAAAAAAAGAACGAUAGAUCAUAUGUGCCUUCAUAUCUUUGUGAGAGAUUUACGAAUAUCGAUCGUAAUUGUUUUACUAUGAGGCGCCAUUUUGUAAUUCUACAAGGCGUGGCACACGAAUGCGACACGUCAUCCUCGCUUUGAAUAUAACACGCAAUAAGUAAAAGAUGCCCCGAAUUGACCCAAUCCAACUUUUAAAUUGCCUCAGCGUACUUCUAUCACCUACUGGGGGCAUAAAAAGCAGAGACGAAGUGCACAGGCUAGCUCACUUAAUGACCAAAUUUUCGAAGAAACUUGUGUCUAAAUGUAUAUACAUUCAAAUUCUAAAAUGUACAGAAACAGAUUUACUAGGUUUAUUUAUGGGAUCUGGUGGCUGGAGGCUAGUACAUAUGUGGCUUACUGAAAAUAUAGUAUCUAAGAAUUUGCCACUCGUAAGAGAGUUGUUAGAAUUACUGUUAUUGUGUCCAGUUGAUGUAGAAAGACUUAAGACUAAUAAUUGCCCUAAACUUGUUAAAGAAUUAUCAAAGGAUGGCAAUCACGUCGCUAUAAGGGCCCUAGCUUCAAAAUUGGUUGAACAGUGGCUAAAAGCAGUAAAAGGAGAGGAAGUGACACCAAUAUUAGUUUCAGAUAUACCACAAAUAAUUUCUGAUUUCCAAUGUGAAAUAAAAUCUGAUGUGGUACCUGAUAAUGAGGUGGAUAAGAGAUCUAACGAUGUAGAAAUUUCUUCUUCUAAUGAAAAUCACAGCAUAAAUGAGGAAGUGGAAAAUCAGGAAAAUAAUUCUGAAACUAAUCAUAAUCAUGCUUUGGAAAUAGAAGAAAAAGAGAGUGACACUUUACCAGUAUUAAAAAUAACAUUGAAAAAUGGAAAACAAAUUUUGUCCCAGGUCGAAGAAGAAAAUAAAGAACCUGAAGAAGUAGAAUCUGAAAAAGAUAAAAGUAGAGACAAACACAAAAGCAAAAGUAGAGAUAAGUCAAAUGAUAAAAACAGUAGCAAUAAUAGUAGUUCUUCAAAAUCUUCAAGUUCAUCUAAACAUUCAAGUAAAUCUUCAAGUGAUAAAUCUAGAAGUAGUAGUAGUCAUAAAGAUAGUAAACAUAGCAGUAAAGAUAAAUCAAAAGAUCGUCAUUCUUCUCACAGCUCGAAAUCUAGAAGUAGUAGUUCUAGUAGUUACAGAAAAUCAAGCUCAUCAAGUAGUAGUAAGUCAAGAGAUUCUAAAAAUGAGCAUAAACACAGCUCUGACAAAGAUAAAAGUCGAGAGAAAGAUAAAGAUGUGAAACCUUCAACGGAAAAAUCUGAUGAAAAAGCACAAACACCUUCUAUACAUAAACUUGGUAAAAUUCCAAAAUUAAGUGAUGUAAAAAAAGAAAAACCUUCAAUAUCUAUAGAAAUACGAAAGCCCGAUGAGCCGAAGCCAAAAACUGUUAAAACAUUUAAUUCUAAAUUUAGGAAACAUGGAUUAGAAGAGGAAAUAAAACCACCACCUUCAAGGGCAUCUGUUUUGAGUAAUAAAAAACCACCCCCUGUUUUACCACCUACUGUAUCUAUACCGAAACGACCAUCACCUAUUCACAAUGAGCCUCCUCCAGAGAAGAAACCAAAAACAGUAGUUGAAAUUGAAAAACCUGGAGCUAUAAAAUUAAUUCCUCCUAAACCUAAACCUAUGGUGCUUCAGGAGAGUGAUAUGUUUAUGGACGCAUUAAAUGCAUCAGCUACUAACAAAAAGGAACCGAAGAAAAGAAAAAGGCGCACAAGCGGAUCUAAAGACGGAAAUACACAAAAUGAUGGAUCUCCUCCGCAAACUCCAACGAACUUAUCAAGUCCAAAUAGUGAAAGUAAAUCUGUACCCCCAAGAUUUUAUCAAGAUACCUUAGACGAAGAAGAAAACAAGGACAGAUGUAGUGAAAAAUCGUCUGAGCACAAAAGUAAUACUGAGCAGUCGGAUUCCAAGGAAAAAGAUGAGACGGAAAAUAUGGACACAUCAGAACCUCAUACACUGACAAUAAAUGGUUUAAAAGGAGUUCUAUGUUAUCAUAAAAGAAAAGGUCCUAAAAAAAGUAUAAGAUGGAAACCGGAUUCAGAGUUAGAAGAAAUUCAAUACUUUGAACUUGAUGAAACUGAAAGAGUUAAUGUUACAAAAACGUUUACCGACAUGAAACAUUUAGAAAGAAUACAUGAAAGAGAAGCUUUCCAAAAGGCAAGAAAUCUCAUUAAUGAUGAUGUUAUGGAAGAAAGAACGAGCUGGAGACCUUUAAUACCAAUUGACGUCGAAGGUCAAAUCCAAAUUGAAUAUGGUAAAAAUAGUAAAGAGAAAGAUAUUCAAGCCAUUCGUCAAAAAGGUACAUUGCAACCAUUAUAUUUCCAUAAGUCAAUGAUCCCUGACUCACCACAUGAACCAGAGGUUGAAGCUCAUACUUACAAUGAACCAACAGUUAUACCUUUAGAAGAUGUAACGGGAAAUCAAGAUAAUAUUAGCGAUUUUAGAAAUAUGCCAUGGCCAGAACCCAAAGGCAAUCCUCCUCCUACAAGUAAUAGUGGCAUGAAUGUUCCAACAAUGUUUCCACCAAAUAUAUCGCAAUUUCCAAAUACUUUCCCUCCACCUCAAUUUCCAGGAGUUCCUAAUUUCCAAGGACCGCCAAUCAUGCCUGGUGAUUGGCAGAACGGAGUGGUACCACCUAUUAUGUCAAAUGGUAUUCCAAGUCCAAUGGCACCAUCGGCUAUUGUGCCAGGAUCAAUACCGCCGGGAAAUAUGCCACCAGGAAUGAUGCCUCCACCCGAUAAUAUGAUGAUGGGUCCUGAAAUGUUUGGAGGACCUAAUCCCAUGUUUCCUGUACCGCCUGAUGGAUUCAACAUGCAACAAAAUAUGUUUCCUGUUGACUAUAAUAUGUCGGGACCGGCUGGACCGGAUGGAUUUCCUGGUAAUUUUAGAGGAGGAAUGCGGGGUCGAGGAGUUGGUGGUCCUUGGAGAGGAAAAGUAACAGUAAAUUGGGAUGGACCACAAAGAGGUCGUGGCGGUCGAGGUGGUGGUCGUAAAGGUGUGUGCAUCUAUUUUCAAAGAAAAGGUUCCUGUCGGCAGGGUGACAAUUGCUCAUUUUUACACCCAGGUGUCAAUUGUCCUUUUUAAAAAUUAAGUAUCCACAUGUACAUAUUAAAAAAGAAAAUAAUAUAUUUUCUAGGUAAUAAGAGAAUAUUAUUUGCCUGGUCCAAAAAGACUGCCUAAUGUAAAUAGUUAAUAUUUUGUAAAUAAUGUAAAUUUGUUACUAAGCUUUAUACAAAAAUAGUGCAAAUAAAUGAAGUAAUUUUUA